AUGUCGGCUACGCUAUUCCUUGACAAGCCACUCCUCAAAGUUAGUCGGCCGGUCGCUGCUUGCUCACGAUGUCGAACCGCCAAGAUCAAGUGCGACGGGAAGCUUCCUGCCUGCUCCGCAUGUGAAAGGGUGGGCAAGUCCGACACCUGCUCCGGCGCAAGCGACGAGUUUGCUCGAGGCAAAGAAAGAAGUUAUGUUGCUUCCCUAGAGGGGUACUGCGAAAGGCUGGAGAAGAAGAUCGCGGAGCUCCGCCAUCUGAAGACCUCGCUGUCCGUCGACAAUAGGGGGAUUGCGCACCAGAACUCGAUCACCUCGAUAACAUCGUCGGAAUCGGCGGUCCAGGGUCCCAACAAAGAAGUCUCGGAUAUUGAUGAUCUGGUUGGGGAUUUUGGAUUCUUGUCUGUGAACGCCACCUCCAGAGACUUCCACGGUAUCACUUCGAGCACCUCCUUUGCCAACCUUCUCUUAUCACUUUCCCUCGCCGACCCAUUACCCAAACAAUCUUCACGACCACUCCCACCGCGCCACGAGAUCACCCACCUCCUUCAACAUUACUUCGACACUCUCUACAUUCAACUCCCAUUCUUUGCCGAAACAAGCUUCUGGACCUCGGUUGAUGCGGUCUAUCAGUCCGGCGGUCGGUUUGCCAAACCGUUCGACCACUGGAUGUUAUACACAGUCCUGGCCACCUCCUCUGCCUCCUUAUCAUACGAGAUUGGCGAUGAAAGCCACCAGGACGCGCUAUCAUACGUCACUCAGGCGCUGCAAAGGGCGGAAGAUGUCCUGCGUCCAGGAUCCAUCCAGGGGAUCCAGGCCAUUAUGCUCCUCGCGCAAUACUCGUUAUACGACCUCAAACAUUUUCGGAGUUGGUUUUUGGUCGGGAUGGCUGUUCGAGUGAUGGUGGAUCUCGGUCUGCACCAGGAUCCUCCGGUCGAAGUCCAGUCGUCGACCAAACAUCUAGACCUGCGUCGUCGCAUAUUACACUGCCUCUACUCUUUGGACAGAGGCGCCAGCACCGUUUUCGAACGGCCAUUCUCCUUCUCCGACGAGUCCGUCAAUGUCGCCCUUCCCUCCAGCACGGCAGGCUCCAUGCUCAGCGAGCAGAGCCAUCUCUUCCUGCGCAGCUCCGAACCCGCCUGGCAUCUGGUCAAGAUCCGGCAGAUUCUUUCCGAAGCGUACUCAAGGAACUACUUCCACGACCACGACUCCUGCCCCCUGUACGCGAAAUCCACCUGGGCCCUCGGCGCAGAAGCCUACGAAUGGUUCGACGCAACCCCCAACACCACGCCCAGCCACUUCCCCGUCCUCUACAAACUGGAACUCCUUUACACCGUGGUCAUCAUCCUUUCGCCUAAUGACGAACCCCCGGCAGCGAUCGGAGAGUACCGCAACGUCGUCCUCUUCGAACGCUGCAUGCAGUACCUCGGCCAGAUCCAAGAAGCGCUGCGCAACCCGGCCUGGUCCCCCUUCCUGACCUUCUGGGACAUGCACCGCGCGCUGCAGGCGAUCCGCCGCCUGACGCGGGAAUUGACCGAGAACCACGACCUGCCGCUCAGCCCCUCGGUGCCGGUCCUACCGGCGGUGCCCCCGGAGACGCCGUCGGCGCUGGUCCUCGACGGCGAGGACUGCCUCAACUUCUACGCGCGGGCGACGGCCUGCCUGUCAGAUAUCCACUGCAUCCUGCGGUUCGGACUACGCAAAUGGGGCGACGACCCCGUGUUCGAGGAGAUGCAGCAGCUGUCGGAGACCAUCCAGCGGCGCCUGAUCUCGUCGCCGGCGCCGUACAUGGCGGGGGCGGGGCCGGGGGCGUACAUGCCGGGAUACUCGACGAUGGUCUCGGCGGGGUCGAGUUACCCGGGGUAUGAUAUUGGGUGA